AUGCUGAGUACAAUCGGAAGAAAUUGCUUGUUGAAUGAUCCAGGGAGCAGAUAUGAACGAAAAAGUGUUAAGGAAUUAGUGCAGUUUUUUAACGAAAAGGAUAACUCUGACAAAGGAAAAUGCGCGAUUCUCAGUGUAUGUAAGAAGGAGAAGCUGAGAGGCAGUCUGAAUUGUACGGAAAUCAAACGAGAAGAGCCGUUAGGUGUUCAUCACGAAGGGAUACGCGAAAAAAUGGCUCAAUCUGGCGAUAAACACGUAAAGAGUAAACAAACAUACAUCGACAGAAAAGUGAAAGAUAACAAGCGAACUACAUGUUCUGAAAACGUAGAUAAAAUACGGAAACAGAAAACAGCGGUAAUUUAUGACGAAACGAUCGCAGCUCUGAGAAGCAGCAAGCUAUCAAUGCUAUAUGAGAAGCGGCUAGACGAAAUGUUGAUUUUUAACGAAUUGAAGAUAACAAAUGUGCAGCAGGUCAAGCUAAGCAGAAAGAAGAAAAUACAAGUUUCUAACAGGAAAAUAAUGCGUUAUAACACGUGUUCUAUGCUGCAAGCGGACAGAGUAACAGACGGCAUAUGCACAGGAAAAGAAAAAAAGGCGAUACAAAGGCACCUAGACAGGCUUAAAAAUGAUUGUAUAGAAUACGAAAAACUGGAUAAAUUCGAAAAAUGGCAACUUGCCGUUUAUUGUAUGGCUAAACUAAGAAAAAUGGCCAUCAAUGAAAAUGUUUUCUUAAAGUCGUUCAAUUUUAUUCUGCGAUUGUUUAAAUUAUACGAUGUUGCACAACCAAAAUUGGACGGAGUUAAUCCUGUAAUAUUCAACUUGAUCAACCAUCUAAAGAUACACGGUCAAAAAGAAGUCGGUAUUUUUAGGCUUUCGGGAAGGCUCCAAAAUGUGCAGGUUGUGAUAAACAAAAUUAAAGAACAGCAGAAGAUAAAUCCGUCAACAUAUGCUGCCCGUGAUAUUGUGUCACUUCUCAAAAUAUACAUAAGGAAUGACCUUGACGGCGUGUGCACGAAGGAUAUCACAAAAGUUCUGCUGAGCAUUUUUCACCGAAACGGGCAGGUAAUCAACAGCUCACUCAAAUAUCUACCGUUCAUAUUUUAUGGUGAUAGGAGAAAACUGUUGGUAUCAAUUUUUGAGCUGUUUGAUGAAAUAUCUGAUUGUGAAUUUCAUAAUAAGAUGAAUCGCCAAAAACUAAUUCAUUGCACGGCACCCACCUUCUUUUCAACGGUAGAGGUCUUGAACUUAAGCAUCGUCUCUACACAAAUAAAAAUCGUGGAGACCCUUGGCAGAUUGGACUUUAAGUACGUACCUAAAGAUCUUUACAAAAAAGCGAUGAGGUACGGUUAG